CAUCGUUUUUAGACAACGAUAUCGGACAUAGGGACCUCGUCGAGAGGUUGGCAUCGCCGAUCCGCUGAUAAGGAUUCUUCCUUUCCACUGCCACUUUUCAGUUUAAUACCCAGUUUAUCGUCGGACGCGUGCGAAGUCGUUGAGAGUUUCUCUCACUCUACCUCUACUACCUCGAGCCGGUACUUUUUAAUAAAUAAAAUUACUUCGACGUCGUCCAACUUUUUCGAUAAAUUGGUACGAGAUGGAUCAACAAAAGCGCGUCGAGGAACACACUACCAAAAUAGUAGAGGGAAUCGAUAAAUCGAUGAGAAAGAUGCAGGUGCAAUGUGCUUGUAUUUUCAGGGCGACUCGCUGAGGUGUGCUGCAAAUUGUUACGAUAACGAGUCGUAUAGUAUACAAAGGGUACAGAACUGUGUAAGAAACUGUAAUAACGCGGUGGAUCAAGCCCAAGACUACAUUAAAGACGAACUUGGAAGGGUCCAAAACCGAUUACAAAGAUGCGUCAUGGACUGUAACGAUAGGAUAAAAGAUGCUGUGGGUCCGAAUCCGUCGCAACGCGACGUAGAUAAGUUCAGUGAACAGUUCGACGACUGUGUGACGAAAUGCGUGGACAGUUAUUGCGAGAUAUUGCCAAACAUGGAAAGAACUAUGAAAAAAGUUCUCUCGGAGAAGUUUCAACAGUAGAACGCGAAUAGAAUGAAUGAUUCCGCGACGUGGAAAUAAAUCAGCUGCCAAUCGUGUAUGCUGUGCGAUUGUUCGCACAAAUAAUUUGUCGCAUUUUUAUUUCGAUCGUGUUUGCCGGAAAACAUUUUUUACGAUACGGAGGAUGCAUGAAAUAAUAAAUUUCAUGAUUACUGUAUUUAUUAACUAGUACACGGUGAUUGCAGUGGUA